CUCCGUGAAUUUCAAAAUGCACAAACAAUGGUAUUUGCUAUUGAGGAAAUCAACAACAGAACUGAUAUACUUCCUGGUUUAAAAUUGGGAUAUCGAAUCUAUGAUUCCUGUGGAUCAGUAGAAAUAACUACAAGAGCCUCAUUGUCUUUAGUUAAUGAAAAUGAGAAAAAAUUAUCUGUAGUGUCUUGCUCCAAACCUGAUACAGUUCAAGCAAUCAUAGGACAAACAUCCUCCAGCCCAUCUAUUGCCAUGUCUGCAACUGUGGGACCUUUGCACAUACCUGUGGUCAGUCACUUUGCAACAUGUGCAUGCUUAAGUGACAAAAAGAAAUAUCCAUCGUUCUUCAGAACUGUUCCCAGUGAUUAUUACCAGAGCAGAGCUUUAGCUAAGCUGGUCAAGCAUUUUGGAUGGACAUGGGUAGGGGCUGUAUGCAGUAAUAACGACUAUGGAAACAAUGGCUUAAAUGAAUUCAUUAUUGCAGCCAAAGAAAUGGGAGUCUGUGUUGAGUAUUCCAAAGCCUUCUUUCGAACAGAUCCCAGAGAAAAGAUUUUGAAACUAGUUGAGAUUAUGAAGGCCUCAACCUCCAAAGUCAUUGUAGCUUUUGUUGCAUACAGUGACUUUGGUUUUCUUCUAAAGGAAAUGGCCUUACAGAACAUGACUGGGUUUCAGUGGAUUGGAAGUGAGUCCUGGAUCUCUGAUAUGAACACACCCAAUGCUGAAUGGCAACGUAUUCUGAAAGGAUCAAUGGGAUUUGCUAUACCAAAAGCUGAAAUUGACGGCUUAGGGGAAUUUCUGACUAAGCUUAAUCCCGCUACUGAUGCAGAUAUUUUUAAAGAGCUAUGGGGAACAAUAUUUGAUUGCAAGCUUCCGCAACAAGUGAAUGGUGAAAUAAAACAUAUCUGCAAAGGCAAUGAAAGUCUCAGUCAAGUUCAAAACCUUUAUACAGAUGUUUCAGAGUUACGAGGUGCAAAUAAUGUUUACAAGGCUGUUUAUGCUGUGGCCUAUGCUUUACAUAACACAUAUGGCUGUUCAAAGUUAAAGAGUGGAAAAGAAGGUUUUAUUACAUGUGCAAACAUGACAGAUAAUAAAACAUGGCAGGUAGUGAAUGAGUUGAAGAAACUCAGAUUUACUAGUGCAACUGGAGAGGAAGUAUACUUUGAUGAAAAUGGAGACCCUGCAGCAAGGUAUGAACUGCUGAACUGGCAACAAGACAAAGAUGGUAAAGCAGUAUCUGUGAAAGUGGGCUUCUACGAUGGGUCUUUGCAAGAACAUCGGCAGUUGUCAUUUAACAAAAUCAGUAUAGCCUGGGCCCACGACAAACAAGAGGUGCCAAUCUCUGUAUGUAGUCUCAGUUGUUCCCUGGGCACCAGGAAGGCUGUACAGAAAGGAAGGCCCAUCUGCUGUUUUGACUGUAUACCAUGUGCAGAGGGAGAAAUCAGUAAUAUAACAGAUUCUAUAUCUUGCAUCAAGUGCCCUCCUGAACUGUGGUCUAAUGACAAGAAAGAUACCUGUACCUUGAAGUUGGUGGAAUUCCUGUCAUUUGAGGAAUUAAUGGGAAUCAUUCUUGCAUCAUUUUCUUUGUUAGGAGUAACUUUAACUAUCUACAUUGCUGUAAUUUUCUUCAAACACAAGGACACACCAAUUGUUAGAGCAAAUAAUUCUGAACUGAGCUUCUUGUUGCUCUUCUCACUCUGUCUGUGUUUCGUAUGUUCACUUACUUUCAUUGGUCAGCCCUCUGAGUGGUCCUGUAUGCUGCGUCACACAGCGUUUGGGAUCACCUUUGUCCUCUGUAUCUCCUGUGUUCUGGGGAAAACUGUAGUGGUGUUAAUGGCCUUCAGGGCUACACUUCCAGGCAGUAAUGUAAUGAAAUGGUUUGGGCCUCUACAGCAGAGACUCAGUGUACUUGCCUUCACUCUUGUACAGGUCAUUAUUUGUGUACUUUGGUUAACAUUAUCUCCUCCUUUUCCCUACAAGAAUAUGAACUACUACAAGGAAAAGAUUAUAUUAGAAUGUCAUGUAGGCUCAGUUAUAGGUUUCUGGGCUGUGCUGGGUUAUAUAGGACUUUUGGCUCUUUUAUGUUUUAUCUUGGCUUUUCUGGCCCGGAAGUUGCCUGACAAUUUCAAUGAAGCCAAAUUCAUCACAUUCAGCAUACUUAUAUUCUGUGCAGUUUGGAUCACUUUUAUUCCUGCUUAUGUCAGCUCUCCUGGAAAAUUCACUGUAGCGGUAGAGAUAUUUGCUAUUUUAGCAUCAAGCUUUGGUUUACUAUUUUGUAUAUUUGUUCCAAAGUGUUAUAUAAUCAUUAUGAAACCAGAUAAGAAUACAAAGAAGCAUAUGAUGAGUAAAGCACCCGUGACUGAGGACUUCCUGCAGACUAUGCUUUCCUUCCUGGGACCUCUCUGUGGUCUUGGAGGGACUGCUGGAAGCCCCCUAUGA